UUUUAGACUAACACUAACAAACGGUAAUAAUGGAUUUCAACCGAAGUGUGUCGAGACCUUUAUCACAACUGGGUUCUAGUUUCAUGGAAAAUGAAGAUGAACUUCAAUUAAUGGGUUGGAAUCUUACUCCAGAAGAUCUUACUCAUAUACCAGAACAUUGGUUGGCAUACCCAGAAGUUAGAUCACUCUACCAUUAUAUUUUGGCAUUUACUUAUACAAUUUUAUUUUGUCUCGGUGUGAUUGGAAACGGUUUGGUGUUAUGGAUAUUUUGUGUAUCAAAACCAUUAAGAACACCUUCCAAUMUGUUUGUGCUCAAUUUGGCGCUGUGCGAUUUUUCCAUGGUCUUAGUACUUCCAAUCCUCAUUUAUGAUUCAAUAGAUCAUAAAUAUCCAGGUCAUUUACAAUGUCAGAUAUUUGCAUUGUGUGGAUCUAUUAGUGGCAUUGGAGCAGGAGCCACAAACGCUGCAAUUGCUUAUGAUAGAUAUAG